CCACGCUGUGACUCCCCUCGCGUGUUUAUAUUUUCCCUGGUGCUCCCACUCAUGGUUCCUGAUACGUGGCUGCAAAGAGUCUGCUGGAAGUCACGCUGCUUUUCAUCAAGGUCUGGAUGGCAGAGACACACUGGUGCGCAGACUGUCGAAACCACAAGCGUCACUGGCUCCAAGUGUGUUUUGGGCUGUGGGACGGAUGAAAAGUGGAGGUUUUUGGAAGCCCAGCUGGGCUGUCGCUGCUCUGCUCAUCCCCGCUGCUCUGCUGAUGCUCACCUCCAGGGGAGCAUCAAGCAGCCAGAAGAUGACACAAAGCUCUAUGGCUCAUGCAACAGCUACAGCUGCGGGACCAGGCCCUAGUCUGGCAGAUGACCUCCCAGGCCUGCAGGCGGUCGCAGACUUUUUAACCAGUGAACACACGCAUGUAUGGCUCCUGUCCCUGGUGGGCUCAGUCGCUGUGGGCCUGAGUGGGAUUUUCCCUCUGCUUGUUAUUCCUUUUGAAGCAAGAGCUGCCCUUAAAACGGAAGCUGGAUGCCAGAAGCUGAAGCAGCUCUUGAGCUUUGCUAUUGGCGGUCUCCUUGGUGAUGUGUUUCUUCACCUCCUUCCUGAGGCGUGGGCGCUCUCUGGCCCUCCAGCUAGUAAACACAACCACUACAUGACCCAGGGCUUGUGGGUAAUCAUCGGUCUGUUUGCCUUCCACCUGCUGGAGAAAAUGUUCCCGGACAAAGACGGCCUUGAGGAUGCCCCUCCAGAUUCAGACAUGAAUUUUAACCUAUCUUCAAAUUCAGCUUUCAGCGUCAAAGCAGAGACUCAGAAACGGACACUCAGAAACAGACACAAUGCUGAGUCAUGGAAAUCCUUCAAGCAACAAAGUCUCCAAGAUAGCUCAGAGAAAAUUAAGACAAGUGGAUACUUAAACCUUCUUGCCAACUGCAUUGACAACUUUACCCACGGACUGGCAGUAGCUGGGAGUUUUUUGGUGAGCAAAAAGGUUGGAUUUCUCACCACCUUUGCUAUCCUGCUACACGAAAUCCCCCAUGAGGUGGGAGACUUUGCCAUUCUUCUGCGAGCUGGGUUCGAUCACUCGAGUGCCGCCCGUAUGCAACUAUAUACAGCUCUGGUUGGGGUCUUAGGAGCUUGCUUUGCCCUGUGUGCUCAGUCACCCAAAGGCGCAGAAAACUCCUCCAGCUGGAUUCUGCCUUUCACUGCCGGGGGUUUUCUCUACAUUGCCUUGGUUAAUGUUGUACCUGACCUGCUACAGGAGUCCAGUUUAAGACACUCCCUGUUGCAAAUACUGCUCAUCUUCUGUGGGGUGGGUACCAUGGCCUUGCUCUCAGCUAUUGUUGAGUGAACAUGGGAGGAGACGGCUCUCUUGCCUUAUCAAACACUACUACUGGAGGGAAAUUGUCUUCUGCACCAGCCUCUCAUUCACGGAAACAUUAUUCUGACGAAGAGGCUUUACAAGAUCUCUGGCAUCACUGUCAUGGACCACUAAAGCAAAUAUCUGACAAACAACAGCACUUUAUUUAGGGAUGACUGAAAGGAAUACCGUCUUGAUAAGCAGACAGGAUGUUAGUACGUGGACACUUUGAAAUAUGCCCUACUUAAUUAUCAAGGAUCAGAAAAGAAAGUUAGUAUGGAAAUCUGUUACCAAAUGAUCUUUUAGACAAUCAUGAUGCUUUGCACAUACAUUUACAACAAGGUACACGUGACAUACAACCUCAUUAUAACAAACAUAAUAAUUCUAGAUCUUAACUGAAGUAUUUCUAGCCCAGAGCAAGGACCUUCCUCUAAGUUUUUUUUAUGUUAUGUCACUGCUGUUUGCCAUCAGUUUGUCUUCAAGCUUCUGAAUAUUUAUUGAAAAUGAAAACUGGUUUGGUUACCCUUUUUAUUUUUAUUUUCUUUUUUGUGUUGAAAAAAGAGCCCAUUGGCAAGAAAAAUCAGUUACUAGUGUUACUUCCUACAAAAGUACCUUUUUAUCUCUUUGCUUUCCACACUGUGUAGCCUGCACCUUUCGAGCUUGUGCUCCUCACACAGCAUUCGUCAUGAACAUUUUGUAGUAACGUUUGAUGAAAAUACUUGGAUGCUCUUUGUAAUUUUUGUUACUAACUGUAGUUGGGAGACUAGAUACAGUUUUUGGAAAAUUCAUAACAAUGGAUAAUACAUGUUUUAAAAGACCUUUUGAAAAAAUAAACAUGUUUUAGACAA